ACUACUUCCGGGUUUCAGCAGUCUGGUCCAGACCCUCCGCGCUCCUCCUCAGCUCGAGACGCACACAACAUCCCCAUUGUGCGCAGACGGCCGAGGCUGCAUACGCAUGCACACGCACCCUGCAUACACUCCCCACUGGACGCGUUCGCGCACUCGCGCGCUGCAUCGAUCGUGGCUCCUUUAAGAGAGCCCAAGCCAGAAUUAUCACCCCACCUCCUCUUGAUCUUCCUCUAGACGCUUUUGCAUAAGAAAAUCAAGCUGGGAGCCGAGAGUGAUCAAAGAAAACGAGAGGAGAGCUGCUUCGUUUUUUAACGCUGAUUGUGACCAUUAAGCGUUGAGGUGGUGCUGAUCCCGUGGAGACGCGCGUCAGAUCCAUCAUUCAUCCGCUACUUUUGACAAGCCCUCUCGCGUUGUGACUGACAGUCGGAGUGGCAGAAAAGCGAUGAGAGUGGCCAAUUUUGUUUAAAGGGGGUUGUUUUAUUUUUACCCUGCUUUGGGAAAAGGACCCCGGCGCCGCUGCCGAGAGGACAGCCGAGGACGUGUAUUCGCCGUGCCCGGGCUGAACUUGCAGUGAGAGCGAGCGGGAGCUCCUUGGAAGAGACAAGAAGAGAAGAAGGAGCUCGGGAUUUUGGCUAAAAGCUCUUCUCUUUUGUUUUGGAUUUUCCUUCUUUUGUCCCGCGUCCAUCCUGGCCCAAGAGGGGAUUUACCUAAACUGAAAGGGCAACCAGGGAGUGAGGAGGGUUAUGGCGCAACGGUACGAAGACUUGCCCCACUACGGGAUGGACGGGGUAGGCAUCCCAACCACCAUGUACGGAGACCCGCACGGUGCCCGCUCCAUGCAGGCGGUGCACCUCAACCAUGGCCCCCAGCUCCACUCCCACCAGUACCCGCACACCGCGCACACCAACUCCAUGCCUCCGAGCAUGGGCUCCUCCGUCAACGACGCUCUCAAGAGAGAUAAAGACGCAAUUUACGGGCACCCCCUGUUCCCCUUGCUUGCACUGAUUUUUGAGAAAUGUGAAUUAGCGACUUGCACCCCCAGAGAGCCCGGGGUGGCGGGAGGAGACGUCUGUUCGUCGGAAUCUUUCAAUGAAGACAUAGCGGUGUUUGCAAAGCAGAUUCGGGCAGAAAAGCCUCUAUUUUCAUCAAAUCCAGAGUUGGAUAAUCUGAUGAUUCAAGCCAUUCAAGUUUUACGAUUUCAUCUUCUGGAGCUGGAGAAGGUACACGAGUUGUGUGAUAAUUUCUGUCACCGGUACAUCAGCUGCUUGAAAGGCAAGAUGCCCAUCGACUUGGUCAUAGACGACAGAGAGGGCGGGUCUAAAUCAGACAGCGAGGAAAUCACGAGAUCGGUGGCGUUGGAUCAGACAUCCUGGAACAGAGACCACGACGACACAGCGUCCACACGCUCUGGAGGUACGCCGGGACCGUCUAGCGGUGGACACACGUCACACAGCGGGGACAACAGCAGCGAACAGGGUGAUGGCCUGGACAACAGCGUUGCUUCGCCGAGCACAGGGGAUGAUGAUGACCCGGAUAAAGAGAAGAAACACAACAAGAAAAGGGGGAUUUUUCCUAAGGUGGCCACCAACAUCAUGAGAGCGUGGCUCUUCCAACACCUAACACAUCCCUACCCCUCAGAAGAACAGAAGAAACAGCUGGCGCAGGACACAGGCCUUACUAUCCUACAAGUGAACAACUGGUUCAUUAAUGCGCGGAGGAGAAUAGUGCAGCCCAUGAUCGACCAGUCAAACCGUGCAGUAAGUCAAGGAGCUCCCUACAAUCCAGAUGGCCAGCCAAUGGGUGGCUUCGUCAUGGACGGCCAGCAGCACAUGGGAAUCAGACCACCUGGGCCAAUGGGUGGAAUGGGCAUGAACAUGGGCAUGGAAGGUCAGUGGCACUACAUGUAGCCCUUCCCGAGUCUGACCAAUCACAACACAAUGGGGGAUAGCUGGAGGGGAAUCAUGUGUCUCCUGGAGGCCUGUGGAGCUUAGGACAUCUCGACCUCCUGAUGCCAGUAACCAACAAAACCAAGAUUCCAGAAUCAGCAACCGUUUUAUCUGGUUGAUGCCUGCCAUGUGGACAUUUUCCCUGGCUGCCUCUAAUCUUUUCACCAGAAUCGAACUGAGCUGAGCUGAUCAAAAUUCACCUAAGUAGGGUGAACACGGAACACUGCUUCUUCUUCUCUGGUGGCCACAAACUUCUGCCUCUUUGCUGAGGCCCGAUCGCCCCAUGCUGACUCCUCCAACAAAGUGAUUGUGAUUGACUCUUUGGGCGAUUUGCCUGUACCUCUGGUGAAUGUGGCACCUGGUUGAUCUAUUCUCAGCUCUUGACAGCAAACGUAAAAAGACUUAUCCUGGGGAUGGCUCCUCUCUUUGGGACAGUGGACUUGGACCAAAGAGAAGCCAAUGUCUGCAACGGACAGGACGCUGUAGCAAAACAGAGGAGGUGCCCUUUAAAAAAAUAUGGUGGAUUGAAACCUGGAUGGAGGGAUGAUGAGAGUAAUGAAAUUAAAAGUAUAAAACUAUAUCAAGCCCUAGUUUGGGAUGUGAGUGGAGAAAGAAAAUAUACUGUAUACUGUUGUAAAAUUACGCUGGACUCUCACAAGAACUGGGAAACUAAGUAUUGUAAAUGCUAUUGUAUUGUUCUGCAUAUUAUGUUGUUUCUAAUAGAUUUUUUAAAAAAGGAUGUGAACUUUUUGCUCUUUUUUUCUGGUUUCUUUCCUUAUUCUAUGUGUGUGUGUGUCGGAAAGAGUGUGUGUGUUCAUGCACCAUUACCAACAAAUCUGCUCAGCAAACCCAACCUUCAUCCAACCACAUUGCCUUUUUUGAAAAUAAGUGAGAGAAUAAAAUCUAAUAUCUGCUCUAACUUUUGCAGCUAUUAAUGAAUAAUGUGGGCCGUCGUCGAUCCAGGCGUUUUAUUUGUGUUUAUCCUUCAUAAAUCACAGCCUCCAGAUGGACAUGCAUGCUGCAGAAAUGUCUGUUUCUGUCAGUUUGGCUACAGUUUUACCUCAAGUCUUUGCGACUUUCCAUAUUUAUUGAGCUAAAAUUCUUUGAUUAGCUGCUGGCAUGACUUUUCUUUAACUUAUUGUUUUUCUGCAGAAAAAGAUCGUGAAGCUCAUCAGAUAGAUGAUAAACACUGAAAAGUUAGUUCCUUGACCCAGACGGACAAGUUUUUCCUGCUGUCCCUUUUACUCCUGUUUUGAUUUUACCUUCAAAAGAGAUAUCCAUGUAAUGCAGUCAUGACGAUGCAGUCUUUAAAGAUAUUCUCAGAAUUAAUGGGGAAACUACAAGUAUAAAUCGAAAGACAUGUUUUCUUCUUUUGUGUCUGUGAUUAAGGGCGUCUAAAAGUCUCUUCCCAUUUCUUAUUAAUGUGUUAAAUAUCACAUGGUGGCGCUUCAUGCCCAAUGGAUUCUCCCCUCUUCAUCAUUUGAUGAUGAUGCUACGGAUAACAGCAUUUAUAUCACACUUCAUUUAUUCGUUUUUUUUUCUGUUUGUUUUUAAAUUCAACUAAUUGAUCCAACUUUGAUCUGCAUACGUAAGAGAAUGUUAAAACAAUUGUAUCUAAAAACUGCUUUUUUUUAAACCAACCCAGCCCUGAAUUGAGAAUUUGUAUGCACAAGGCUUUAAGCUUUAAGGACUUCCUUGCACAAAGAGAAAAAAACUGGCUUUAAAAUAUGUUUUCACUUCAUCCAUAGUGCGCAGUGAGUUAGUGGCUCGUUGCUUUUUUUUUUUUCCUUUUUCCACUGGUGGCUUUGUACUGAAAAAAAACUCGUAUACAUAAGAUUCAGGUUACCUAUGUGAGCCUGAAAAAGUCCCAGCAGUGCUUACAAGUCCCCUAUCUGCAUUUUUAACCCCUUUGGUUGAGUUUAAAAGUGACUACUUUCUAUAAUUAAGGCUGCAAAAAUGUGGAAAGAAUAGAACGACCCACAACCAGGAUUACUGAAAAUGUAAUAUUUGGAUUAAAAUUGCAAUUAUUUCUUCUAUCAGCUUAUUUCUGAAUUAAGAAAUAUAUAAACAUUAUAUUUAUACAAAAAAUUAUCGAUAAUAAUUUAUCACAACGUCAGAAUGGCUUCGUAGCGUUGUCUGUAUGACCAAGUUUAAAUCCUCCACUUGUUAGCACUAGCUAAUUAGCAGCUAAAAGGCUAAUUGUUGUACUGUAAGUCCACGACAUAGUUCCCCUAGUGUGAACUAAAGAUCUGAACAAAAUCCUCUCAAACUACCAUUAAUAUACAGCAUCAUUUAAACCAUCUAACCACUUCUUUUUCAAUCUGGUCAAAGAGGUUUUGCUAAAGUUGGAUCCGGGAAUUACACAGUACAAAUUAGCUGUCGUUGAAGAAUGACGAGGCAUCUUAUAGCCUCUAACUCAACAAACGAACUAUAAUUUUUGACCACAUAUUUAAUUACAACAACCCAACUUUCAGACCAACAGCAUAAACCAAGGGUUAAAUCAACUGCCCAGCAGUUUAUUUUGCUUGUGUGCAGCACAUGUGGGACAGUAUUGAUGUGCCUGGGAACAUGGGUGAGGUGGAGUGUGUGUGUGUGUGUGUUAUCAGUGCUUCCACUAUCCAUUGCUUCAGACGUGCACAUCUUUAAAAAAAAUACCUUUAAAGACAAAGUCAUGAUUCGUAUGCUUUUACGUGGAAGGGUAUAUAUGUACAUGUUUGUUGUAAAUAAAUACUUUUCUUCAAAUAACA